CUGCCCGAUCUCCGCCUACACCUGCUCUGCCCAGGCUCCCUCGGCCCCGCUUUUUGCUCUCUGUGUAAACCAGCUGGCGGAGAAAGAAAGCAGGAAGCCGCGCUGGUGGCGGACAUACCGGCCGCACUGCAGCCCCCCGGCGGGUACGCGCCUCUGCUCCUGACGGCAGGGAAGCUGGUGUAGGGGGGCUGCCCCAAAUCGCACGCUUUGAGGAGCUGAGGAGGUGCCGCGGCCAUUUCCGAUGUAGAAGCUCGCAGAGUGCUCUUCAGGGAAGCGGAUGAUUGUUUUCUGGAAGGAGGGAAGCUGGCCAGGAGCCACUGAAAGCUGUGGCACAGCAUAAAGAAGGAGUUCCAUGGAUCCUCAGUAGUGUUGGAGAAAGCAGAGUGGGAAACAGAGUGUUAGACCUGCAGCUGUUCGGCCACAUCACUUGCCGGCUCCCAGACGUGGGAGUCUCGAUGCACAGUGAUUUGGGGGAGGAGGUGGGAGCCGGGCCUGGAAGUGCAGAGGGCCGGCAGUGGCGGGAGAAUCAAAUCUCUGACAUCUUACACUUUGCAUCUCUUGCACAUUCUGUAACAUUUUGCAGAAUUUUUAUGUUUGGGUGUUUUGGGUACUCAAAUUUUUCACAUACAUGAUUUUUUCACUGCUUUCUGAAGAACCAAAGACCAACAUCAGCCUGCCAUGUGAGAAGAGGCUGCAGGCAAAGGAAGUCAAGGAAAGGAAAAAGAUCCUGCAGGAGAAUCAUCAGGAUGUGAAGAUUGAAAGAGCAGCACGGCUCCAGACUGUGCUGCUCCCCCUCAACGAAGUCAGAACGGAGUGGGAGAAGACCAGCGGCCCCUUCCACAAACAGCUCAUAGCAGAGCACUGCAGGAUAUACCGUGAUUUGUUCAAGGGCCCUUGGGUCUCACUGAGGGUGGAGUACAACCAAGAAGAUGAGCAGUUCGUGCCGGUCUACUACGGGAAUGUGGUGACUCCAUCAGAGGCUUCCAGUCCCCCUGCGGUGUCAUAUGAGGCAGAUAAAGGCUCCCUCUGGACUUUGUUGCUCACAAAUCCAGAUAUGAGGGAGCCUAUGUUUGAAUUCGUGUGGCUGCCUGUUUACCAUCCUCCACAGCUGAAGUUCCCACGCCACCAGCCGCUGAGGUACCUGGACAGAUACCGAGACAGCGAGAAGCCCACCUUCGGCAUUUACUAGGGGCAUGGUCCCGUCCCAAGGGGAUGGUGGCCGGGCGGAUGGGGCUGCCAGCUUCCCUGCGUUCAGGCAACUCUGGAGCUGGGAGCCACCUGUGCCUCUGUAAGGAGAUGGCAAAGUCAGCCCCUCGGCUCCAAUUCCACUGUGUUGGCAGUUGCACAGUGGGAGCGACUGGCAUUCACUGUGCUGGCAGCUGUGUUGUGGGCAAAGGGCUCCUUGAAGAGGACAUUCACAGGUGAAAGCAGGCUGAAAUCUUGCUGCUGCUGCUGUGGCAGAACUGAUCACUAAGGGAGGCACGGCUGAGUCCCCAGAGAUGCCCAGCUUUGCUUCUCUGCAAGGAUCACGGUUCUCCUUUCGCCUGUUUGUGCAACAAACGGAGCCAGGCAGCCUGGAUUCCCGUUUAUAGUGCUGCAAUUCAGAACUGUCAGCUUUCAUUCAUGCAGUCCUCAUAAAGAGGUGGCUCUGAUUAAACACACUAUGAGUGAUGCUGGCGGUGCUGCCUUGUCUUUAGUGGGAAGAGGUUAGUAUCCCAGCCAGCUGGUGCAGAGCUGGGGAGCUCGGCAGGUUGCAGAGAGGAAGUUGGCUGUUCCUCUGGCUGAGGUCUCUUUCCUCUCGUGGAUGUUGUAGGACAGAAAGAGUGCAGCUACGCAGAAGGUAAAUACACACAAGGUCCAUGUUUGUGGAGCUGGAUUCUCCCAACUAUCCAAGCAUGGGGGCCUCGGUCUCCUUCCCCUCACUCCAUGGACAGCGUGUGUCUUGUGUGGAGAGGUGGGGUAAACGCAGAGCUGCCGGGGCUGGGGCAGAUGUGCAGUGGUGGUCUGGCACUGCUGCCACUGCCGCUCCUGCACCCUCUAUGUGGAGAGACUGCUUUCUGCUCUGCUCUGCAGGGCUCUUCUGCAUCCCAGUUCGCAUGUUUAACCUCCAAAUACGAAUGUGUUUUCCUCCUGAUGGAGCUGUCUGUUCCCAGCUCUGGUUCCCCCCUUACUCAGGAAAUAAGAGCCUCUAACAAACAGCUGGAGUGCUUGCUGGAGCAAUGGGGCAGCCGUUGCUCAGGGCUGUUACCAGCUCUACCUGAGCUCCGAUGUCUCCUUCUGCCCCAAAGGAUUCUGUGGCUGGGUGUCAGCUGAGGUAGGUGAGCUGGUGAGUUGAGCAGUGGGAGCAGAGGCGCCCUGUGGUUCUAGGCAGACAGACGGUUCACGUUAUGCUCCUCUGAGCUUUGACUAUUUCAUCAGAAUUCGCAGAUUGAAUCCAGAGAAAUGUUUUGGGUCUGGAGCUAUGCUGGGACAUGCAAGGAAUUGUGACAGAUCCCAGGGCACCUUCCAAGUCUAGUGAGGAUGGCUGUGAGCACGCCUGUGGCAGGGAAACUGCUCCAGUCCCCAGCAGCCUGCUGAUGAGUGCUCCAGCGCAACGCAGACCCCCUCCCUGCUUGCCCUCGCCUCUGUGGGUGACGGCAAGGCAGUGUGUGCGGGGAGGCUGCCGAACCCCACAAAGUGAGGCUGUCCAGUCAUGGUUCAGCUGCUUGGGAGCAUGCACGCAGGUGAUGGGACAUCUGCAAGGGGAAGGAUAUAAGGCUUGGUACUGCAAGGCUCGAGCUGUUCUCAUGGAAGUGAACUGUAUAAAGAUAAGGUGAAGGGAUGUGGUGCACGAGCAGCACCAUCACAUCCGGGCACAAGAUUCCACCUUUGCUGGGGCGGGUGGCCCAGAAGACAUUUUUUCUGUGCUUUGGAGCGUGAGGGUGUUGCAAGGAACUUGGUGGGAAAAGGAGCGGUGGGCAUGUACAGCUAACGUGUGAACAGCAGGAACUGCAGUUUAAAAUGGAAAGAUGCAAGGGCAAAAUGAGGCCCUGGCCAACUGCUGGUAUGUGGCACAGCCCUUGCACUGCAGAGGGAGGUGGCAACAAUGCCCCUCUCCACCAUUUCCUGGGCUGUUGAAUCCCCCGUGCGCUGUGCUGAGGCUUCUGCCAGGGGCGCUGCCGGGCUUUGAUAGGGGACCCAGCCCUGGCGGGGGUGCCAGGAAGUUCCCUCAAUGGGCCUAAAGGGAGUGAAAUUGGAGUAUACCUUGUGCCUGUGUAAAUGCAUGCAUGGAAACACUCAUUGCUCUGAACUUUGCCUACCUCAGGCGCGUAUCCCUGUGCUGCCAAGAGGGCACCCACUGGCCUUCCCUUUGAGCGCAUGCGGGCUCCAAGCCCUGACCCACCUCUCGUCUUAGUUGUCACCAUCUCGUCCUCUUCUGCACAGCUGAGUUUCUAUUUCCCCAGCUUCUUUCUGUGGCUUCUUUCCUUCAUCACCCUGACCCCUGGCACGGGCAAGAUGGUUUUGCCUGCCUUACAGAAGCUGGAGGAGAAGCUGAUGUGUGCCAUCUGCCUGGAGCUGUUCAGGGUGCCCAUGACCUUGCCAUGCGGGCACAACUUCUGCAAGCAUUGCAUCAGCGGCCACUGGCACAAGGAGGAGCUGGUGCCUACCGGG